GCACACUAGCUUGUAGUGGUGCACACAUUGUUAACAUCUGUGAAAUUGUAAAACAAUUAUCAGUGAAUCAUUUACAUUGACACUUAUAUUUUAUAUUACUUGGCACUUAGUACAGUGCCUUAGUAUGUUUACUUACAAUGAACAUUGAGUACAUCUGAGACCUAACCAAGCUGUAGCUGCUGUAAGUUUUAAUAUGAUUUGGGCAAGUGUCCAAUUUACAGUAGGUCACACUAAAAAGGUGUGUCUGGCAACAUGCCAUUUCUUAACUUUUAAAUUAUUGAUAUUAAAACAAGAAAUAACUUAAUUUGACUCGGGGGACAUGUGGUACAUAAUGCCCAGCCUGUGAAGGCGGCCCACUAAACCAAUUCUUAUUUCUUACGAGAGCAGAGCAGUUUUCCAAAGCACAGCGUUCCCACUCAGGCCCCUUUCUGUCAGCCUUUUGUUGCUCCGGCUCCGACGUUUGUCUGUGAACAGAGAGCAUUAUUCAUUUACCCGGGGGAACGACUCCCUAAUUGAAAUUCCGGGCUUUACCAACGGAUCGUGACGGCGGGCUUUGCCAGCCUCAGUAUUAUCCUGUGCCCCAUCACCUUGAAAAGUCAUGUGUCCCUUUUCAGACAACAACUAAAACGAAAAACAGACCUUAAGAAUUUGUAACCGACAAAGCAUUACUACUCAGGGCAUAUAGAGGGGCUGCCCGUUUUUUUUCGAAAAUGUGUGCAACGUGUCCAGCUAUGGAGCAUAUGGCAGGCUGUGACCUCAACCCCGAGCGGGUGUCCUCAAAGCUCGCCACUGCUGCACCGUGCUAAGCUGUGCGUGGAAUACUAAUGCUGACGUGAAUGAAUCUACGGCACUGUGUGCUAGUGGAGAUGACAAGAAAGAGAGUGUUGGGCAGUUUAUUAGUCAGUGAACGUAGGCUUGCUCUCCGAGGAGAGAGGCACAAUGUCGGGCUUUAUCAGCGGCCGCCCCUAAUGGAGCAUUGCACCGGGGAUGACUUCAGGUCCUCAUCCAGGUCCAUUUUAGAUGGUAAUGUGGUCCAACACUGCGCUCAGGUUAGUUUCCUGUGCCAGGUUUAGAUGGCUGAAUGGUGUGUACUUGUGUGAGUUUUUAUGUAUGUGUGUGUGUGUGUGUGUGUGUCCCAACGCUGGCAUUGAGAACCCCACUCUUAUCUCUCUUUCAGGGAUUGAGCUUUGCCUGCCAGGUUGGCGUUUCUCCAUGACGAUGGUGGCAAACUUCGUGGUGCUGGGAGGCCAGAUGUUGAUGCCGGGCUUGGCGGUGCUGUGCGGAGAUUGGCAGGUCCUUCAGGCUGUCAUCAUCUGCCCCCUCUUCCUGAUGCUCUCUUACAUUUGGAUUUUCCCAGAAUCCCUGCGCUGGCUGCUUGCAACUCAGCAGUACGCCCGCUCCAAAUGGCUCAUGACUCGCAUUGCCAAAAAGAACAAAGCCAAUCUGGAGAAGGACGCAGACGAGCUCAUGACAGAGUUGCACCAGGCCCUGCAGAAGAAGCCCAAGAAGACCUGCAUUGUUAAAAUGGUUGGCACCCGAAACCUGUGGAAGAACAUCGUGGUGCUCUGUGUGAACUCGUUGACCGGUUAUGGCAUCCACCACUGUUUUGCGCGCAGCAUGAUGUACCAGGAGGCCCAGGAGACCACCAUGUUCCACAACUUCUACGCGGACUACUACGUGAUGGCGGGCAUCGCCGUGGCCUCCUGCAUCGCGCUGUGCCCGGCUGUGGGGCUGAUGGGUCGGCGCGGAGGCCUCCUCAUGUUCAUGAUCAUCACCGCCCUAGCCUCACUGCUGCAGCUGGGUCUGCUCAACCUACUGGGAAAGUACAGCGUUCAACUAAACAUAGAGCGGUCUGACACACUGAAAACCAACUUCUCGGUGGCAUUCUCCAUCAUUGGCAUGUUCUCCUCCCACGCAGUCAGCAAUCUGAGUAUCUUUUUCUGUGCAGAGAUCACCCCCACAGUUAUCAGGGGUGGAGGCCUUGGCCUGGUCCUUGCCAGUGCAGGGUUUGGCAUGCUGACCGCACCCAUCAUGGAGCUGCACGACCAGAAGGGCUACUUCCUGCACCAUGUCAUCUUUGCCUGCUGCACACUCAUCUGCAUCAUCUGCAUCCUGCUGCUGCCAGAGACACGCUACCAGCCACUGCCCGAGACACUGGAAGAAGGCGAGGGCUACACGCGACAGCCCCCGCGCAAGCUUGGCGAGCAGCACUUCCUGCUAACCAGGUCAGACAGCCGCGACUACACCCGCGUCCGCGACACACCGCCGCAUGAGGCUGCUGCCACGGCCGCGUCCACGAUGGACUCCACCGCCUCCUCGGCCGUCGACCUCACCAUGCCCUCCGUCCUCGUCAAGGAGGAUGUCACUAUCCAGCCAGCGGCGGCCGAUGCGCCCGACUCGAAGAUGAAGCCUCCGGCCGUAGAGGAUGCAAAACCGUGCACCGCAGCCCCUGCCACAGAGAAGGCUGAGGAGAGUCUCACCACUGAAAUUGCCACUGAGGACCAUCCCACUGACACUCAUGCCAAGGAGCAUCCCAUCUCUGACGCCACAGAGCCAAUCCAGCUCACGUCCAUAGAGCCUGAGCUCACUCUGGACAGCAGCACUCCCCUCCUCAUCAACUCCAUUAUAGUCAACUCCCCCAGUGAUCCUGUACCAGACCUCACCCCUCCCUUCUCACCAACCCCCCCUGACAUAGACUCAGUAUCCCCUGCAAAAAUAGAAUCCCCCACUGCCCAUGUAACGGACGCCGUGCCCAUGGCUAAGAAUGAUAUGAUAGGUUCAGAUUUAAUCGCUUCUUCCUCACCCGACCCAGUGGCCCAGGCCACUCUCAUCAAUGCUUCAUCCCCAGCCAUUGGGAAUACUCCCGCUCAUGUUGCCAGUGAUCACAGCCUUCCCCCGGACAUGGAAACAAACAUUUCCUUCAUGAAUGACACCAUAGCCCCCUCUGCAGUGGACAUCACCUCUCAUAGUUCAUCUGAUCCUGCCUUGUCCCCCGCUCAUGACACCCUUGCCCCCCCUGUCACAGACCAUAGCACUUCUGGUGUGGUAGACUCCGUACCUCUAACCCUAGUGGACUCACCCGUACCCACUUUGAAGGAGAGUUUGCCUGCCACCAUUCCACCUGUCCCAUCCUCUUCCCCUCCCCUUUCAAGAGACUUUGUCUCUCUAUCCAUCAUACCUCCUUCACCGAUGGACCCUACCAUCACACCAGUCUCUACCACUCCCUGCCACGUAGGUGCUGCUCCCACUCCCACUCCCAUUCCCUCUCCCACUCCCACUCCCCUUCUCACAGUGGACUCAACCACUCCUCUGGUAACAGACACUUUCCAAGACCUUGCAGCAGACUCUGCUGUACCCUCUCCUCCAGGGACGUCUCCCCCUUUCAGCAUGGACUGCACUGUUUCCACUCCCAUAGACUCUGGCCUUACAGCUGCUGACGCCGCCACUGCCAAUGGAGUGGCGUCCUCGUGAUACCCAGUUGCCCUCUCUACAGAGGAGACUAGCCUUUCCCCCACAAGUGGUUGUGACACAGGAGGGAACUCAUGUCACCACAGGAAAGGGGGCAAGGGUCAUCAAAAGAGCCAGUUUGGAGCUUCCAGUGUGCAACCAAUGAGCUGCUUUCCUGACAGAGGUUUACCCGGAAAGGGAUUGGGGAAAACUUGAGGAAAAUCUGGGGAGGAAAGGUGAAUCAUUCAUUGUUGUAGCAUCUCUUUCCCUCCUCCAAACAGUGAAUAACACUCUGGUUAUUGUGAUUGGGCUGCACUGGUGUCCGUCAGUUAGUUCCAGGUUACUAUUGGCACAUCAAAGACCUGCUUGUUGAAAAUGAAGGAAAGUCCUAAGCUGUGUAAAGGUAUAUUUUAGGCAUCUGUUGCCGCCAUUGUGAAUAGUGCCAAGAGAACUUGACUUUGUGGAAAACCACAGUGGAUUAAAUUGGCAUAGACUAAAAUACAGAAAACAAAUUGUAGUGAAGUAUACAAGAUUUAGUCAAAUAUUGUUUUUAUUUGAUGAGCAAAAAAUUAUUUAGCAGCUUUUGAAAAGUACACGAGUGAAACCAAACAACAAACCAAGGUGAUAUGCAGCAGCCCAAAAAAAAGGAUACUUUUUAAAGGGAAUGGGUUAGGGUGGCAUUGCCAUGUCAUAUGACAUGAAAUGGUGAAGGAAAAAAAAAACUAUGAUGUUUGGAGGUUGCGUUGAUCUAACAUAUUUGUAGACCUCAAAUGUAAACUGCGUGUGCAGCUUUGUGUGUUCCAAAGCUUUACUAGAGCCACACCCCAACAAUGAAUAGUCUGCCAUGCCCAUGCAAACCUAAAACAAACAGAACACCUUUCUAACACUGUUUACUCAGUCUGAGGGAGCUGAAUGGUGGGUUUAGAUGAAGGAGAGUUGUGGAUUCCUCAUGAAGGACUGUUUCAUACAUGUUCUUAUUUUUACACUGGAACUUUCUUACGGUUUGUCAGGCCAGUGUAUGCAAUUGAAUUCUUGUGAAUGUGGUAACCUUGGUAUAAGAAAACUGUGUACUGUAUGCUGUUGUGCUACCAAUGUUGAGCUUGAGUACAAAAAAAAAUGUAUUUUGCAACUUUAUCUUUUCAAUGGCCUGCCCCUAGUGCAUUACACCAAGGGACUCUGUUACCAUAUCUGUGUGAAUGUAAGUGGCACUUUAUCUUUCACAAAAUUGCAACACAGCAUGUAACCGUGACAAGAAAAUGUGAAUCUUUCCCUCACUACAAAGUGACAAACGUGAACGUUAUUUUCUCAAAGACUCAAAGAACUUUGUAUUUAGCAUCUGUCAGUGUAUGUGUCACAUUUUGUGAUUGCCACGUACACAUAUGAAUGUUUGUUUAUAUACUACAGCAUAUACACCACUUACUGAAGUCUUUCUUGUAUAUGCUGUAAUAUACAUACAUAAAGUUGUACUCAGUUGAUCAGCAAUAAUUGGUGUAUUUAUAAAAGGUGACACAUAUACUGCCAUAUAUUUAAAUACGAUCCAACCUCUGUUUUAACAUCUUAAUAUCUAUUAAUAUAAAGUACUUAUUUCAUUGUGAAAAUGAUGGUGGAACUCAAAAGAGGGCUGGCGUACUUGUGAUUUGCUGAUUUUGAUACGUAGGAAAAAAAUAUGAAUGUGCUUAUUUUUGAAAAUCAAAUUCUGGUGGCCAUGUACCAAAAUCUGUGAUUUGUUGGUGAUAUCUGCUGAUCUGCUUUACCAGAGGGCAGACUGCAGAGCAGCGUGCCAUAGUCACAGUUUACAGUAGUCCAUUUAUGUGAGCAGCAGAGAUGUGACAUUGGAACAAAAUGUGACUGAACUCAGUGUUUUCAUAAUCAUUUCAGUGCUUCUUCCACUCUUCUAGCAUAUCGUUAUCACCAUGGAAUAGCCAGGGGGGGGGGGGGG